GAAAUCUUAAUACAGGCUCAUCUCCAACUUCUGCGUCCCUUGUUGCAUCAUCUCAGCCAGGAAUCGCUGCCCUGCGCCCAUGGCUCCCAGCCCGCUGCGUUCACCACUCUCCAUCUUCACAAACCUAAUUCCGCCGUCUCCUUCCUUUUGUCAUUCUUAUUACCUAUCAGUCCAUUCACCUAUACCUCGGCUUCCUUCCUCCGCGCUUUCCCUUAAUAGUCACGGCCACCUUACAGCCCGAUGCCUUCCCCGGACCGCCCUUACCGAUGCGGCCUUCACCCUCUCCAUCUUCAAGAAACUCAGCCUGGACCAAAACGAAGUGGAUGCCCUUCUCCAACGCCAUCCAGAGAUCGAAUCAGCAGCUAUCGCUUCUCCUGAUUCGCUUCGUCUUCGGAUAGACAUCUUGCUGUCCAUUGGGCUCAGCAAUUCUGCUCUCUGGCGGACCAUCAUCAAACGCCCUGACAUACUCACGUCGCCGGAGGCCGGCCUCUUCCUCAACUUUGUCCAUGAAGAUUCCGUAGAACUCUUGCCGACAAAGCUCGAGCGGCUUCUAAUCCGUACCGAUCCCGCGCUCUUUCCUGGGCUUGUCAUGAGAACCAAACUUCUUCUUAACCAUGGAUUCCCUCACGAGAAGCUCGGGCAUCUUCUCAAUGUCGUUGAUAUCAAGAGAGCUUUCUGUGAGCGGACCAUCGAGGAUAUUGAGGAAGUGAUAUUGUUCUUGCAGCGCUAUGGCUGGCCGGAUAUCAUUGUACGCCGUCCCAAGCUUCUGAACCUGGAUCUCCAUAACCAGUUGAUUCCCCGUGCCCAGUUCUUUGCUGAUCUUGCUGGUGGCGACGAAGAGUCCUCUGCGAUCUUGAUCCGUAAGCUGCCAGCAGUCCUUGCAUAUACAGUUGAGCACCUUCAAUCACACCUGGAGUUCUGGCGAUCUGUUGGCCUUUCUGGUGAGCAAGUCUUCAAGAUAGCUCUUGUGUACCCCAACAUUUUCAGCGUCAGCAGAGAGAGAAAGCUUACUUCCAGAAUUGAGUUUCUCGAACAAUGCGGGUUGAACGCCGAGGACAUCUUUAAGUUUCUCGUCAAGGCACCUCUUUUCGUGAGCCUGUCCUUUGAGGACAACCUUGCAAAGAAGUUAGUGUUUCUUGUCAAGCUAGGAUACGUGUAUCGGACUAGGGAGAUGGCUUUGGCUGUUGGUGCGGCGACCAGGACUAGCUCUGAAAACAUGCAGAAAGUAAUUGGACUUUUCUUUAGCCAUGGCUUCUCCUGCGAGGAUGUGCUGGCCAUGAGCAGGAAGCAUCCACAAGUGCUGCAGUAUAACUGUGAGUCACUGGAGAAGAAGAUGGAGUUUUUGAUCAACGAUAUGCAAAGAGAUGUGGGGGAACUACUGAAUUUCCCUGCGUUCUUGGGUUAUAAGCUAGAUGACCGGAUCAAGUACAGGUAUGAGAUACAGAUGGCAAACAAAGGAAAAGGAUCAUCAAUCAUCCAUCUUCUUAGUGUUUCUGAUGAGAGCUUCUACGUGAAAACUAACAAAUGGAUAGAAGCUGUAACAGAUUGUAAUUCAGAUCGUGCUAACCUUGAUAAUUGAUGCCACCUCCUAUGUAAAAAAAUGGAUAAAUAAAAAGAAGUUCAAUCCUUUCUGCUUAAAUGACAUCCGAGCGCUAUCUUCUGACUAACAAUUCAAAAUGACAGCCAAAUAAGUUGGGCGAGGAGAUUCAAGAUGAAGCAAUAAAACGGUGUACAAACUCCAAGGAAUAGAUUAAUUCUGGGUUUGAAAUCGAUCCUAUCUUAAGGCCAAACUUUCGGACCUGAGAGGGAGUGAGCGGACAGGUCAUGUGCCCGACAUUAUUCUCUCAGAAAUUCAAGAUAUCAGACCUCUAUCAAAGGAUAAUUUCCAUUAGUAAGAUCCAAAAUUCAGACCUUUGUAACAUCUCCGAAAAAAAAAAGGAUUAUAAAGGUUCUCCUGCCUCCCUGUCAAGCUGGAGGCAAUCAUGCUCGCUGAAUUAUUUUUGUAAUCUAAUGGCCUCAAUCCUCUUCUGUCGAAAUCCUUCACCGGUUGAGAGGAUGAUUGCUAGUUCAAUGGAUUUCAUUACUGGUUGCUGCCAUGAUAUAUAGGUGUCAAUAACAUCAAGGAGCUUUUGGACCCAUGAGACAUUCAUGAUUAUUGAACUUGUUCUCGUUAUACGCUACUUCAAAUGAUUCACCAUCACUUGGAUUGGAUUACAAUGAUUUCACAGCCCGGCUACCAUUAAUGGAGGGAAGAGCUGUGGCAUGUUCAUACAUAUUCAGCUAUGGAUCCCAAGCCUCUGGCUACCAAACCGAAUGCCUGGGGGUGGGGGUCGGCGAAAUUCCAGGAAUCCAAAGGCUCCUGUUUUGUCAACACCUCAUUUCAGAUCUAUAGGAGAAGUAUUAAGAAGUGAUCGUUGGAGAAAAUACGAGGUGCAUUUAUGGUGGGACUAGGGCUGAUUUCAAAGGAGAAAGUUUGUAUAUGGGGGGGAUUGUAUGAAGAAAUUUUUGCAGUAGUUUUCUUCGGUGAUUUUGGGUUCCUAGUUGCUACUAGGAAUUGGGGCUGAGCCUAUUCACCUCUUGAACAGUGAAUCAAUUGUAUCUUGUGUUUCUUUUGAUUGAAGAUUAUUAUUUUAGCUUUAUUAGCGUUGUUCUUAUA